CCAGCUCCAAGCUCCCCCCAAAGCUCCGAGAGCUCCAUCAGAUCUCACGCGAUCCACCUCCCAUCUGCAACCAACGUCUAUCCAGUCAUUGGAUCUCCCCUUAUCAACACACACACACAUCUCGAUUCUCAGCUGGCUGGUUUCGUUAAUCGUCUUAUCGCCAGAGCUUUAUCAACAGGCCCUCAUCACGCAAUCGCCCGUCAUGUCGGAGAAGGCGCCGCUUAUCCCGGAGCCGGAGCAGGGCGUGUCUUACGGCCGGCCCAAGCGAUGCCCGUACGCCCAACGGUGCUCUGCGGGUAGAGCUGUUGUCAAGGUCUUCGUCCUGGCUACCGCUGCCGGCUUGCUAUACUAUAACAUCCCUCAAGCCCAGAAACCCAUCCACGAGGAGAAGACGCCCGUUUGCAUGACACCAGCCUGUGUCCAUGCCGCCUCUGAGAUUUUGUACAACUUGUCGCCGAACUACAAGGAGCUAGACCCAUGCAACGACUUUGAGGAGCUUGUCUGCGGAGGAUGGAGGGACCGACACGAUCUCCGUGCCGACCAAGGCGAUGCCUUCACCGGCACCAUCAUGUCCGAGAACUCGGAGCUGCUGCUUCGUCACAUCCUUGAGGCUCCCUACCCCAAAGACUCCCAGCACUCGUACUUCUCGCCCCUCCGUCUCGAAUCCACGGACAAGUCCGCCGAUGAGCAGAACUUUGACAAGAUGAAGGCUGCGUACGAUGCUUGUGUUGACGAGGACAAAAUCAAGGAGAUCGGCGUCGAGCCCCUCAUUCAGAUUCUGGACGAGAUCAAGAACAGCUACCCACUCGAGGCGGCUGCCUCUGUCGACUCGAGCCCGACCAAAGACACAAUUCUGCUCCUAUCCCGAUACGGAGUCAACGCUUUCGUUGCAUCCGGCACUGGUGCGGAUGACAGAGACCCCGAUACUGUCGUUGUUUCUGUCGCACCUCCGUACAGCCUGGGACUUCCCUCAAAGGAGCGAUACGAAGAUGAGAAGCUCGUCGAGAAGUACCGCGGAGUUGCAGUCGAGGUUCUCGGUAACAUCUACCCGGAUGGAAACAAGGACAACUUUGCCAAGGUUGUUGAUCUUGAGAAGCUUCUGGCAGCCGCCUCCCCUCCCACCGAGGAGCUCGAGGAUGUCACUAAAACCUACAACCCCAUGCUCAUCGAUGAGGCAUCUGCUCUUGCUCCGGAAAUUGAGCUUACGGCCUUGAUCCACGAUCUCGUCCCCGAGGGUUUUGUCGUUGAGCGUGUCAUCGUAAUGUCACCCAAGUACAUGACUGAGUUGUCUACAAUUCUUUCCGGGACCGAUAAGGAGGUCAUCCAGAACUACUUCAUCUGGAAGGCUGUCCAGUCCCUUUCUUCCUACGUUGACGCCGAUGCUCUCAAGCCUUACAAGCGUUUCAAGAAUGAGCUUGCUGGAAAGGACCCCGAGUCUGCCCCUGAAAGAUGGCGUACAUGUGUUGGUCACGUUGACGACGGCUUGGGCUGGAUUCUCAGCCGUUUCUUCGUUGAGAAGGCCUUCUCGGCAGAGGCAAAGAAGUUCGGCGACACCAUCAUCACCGACAUCAAGACAGAGUUCACCAAGAAGCUCAAGGCCGCUAAGUGGAUGGACAAGGAGACAACCACCAAGGCCAUGGAGAAGGUUCAGAACAUCAUCCAGAAGAUCGGCUACCCGACCAAGAGCCCCGAUAUCAUGGAUCCUCCCAGCCUCAAUGACUAUUACAACUCCGUCGACAUCAGCCCGGAGACUUUCUUCAAGAACGCACUCGCCGUUCGCAAGUUUGCUGUUGGCUACGAGUGGUCAGCCCUCGGCAAGCCCGUCGACCGGGAGCAGUGGGGCAUGACGGUUCCUACCGUCAAUGCCUACUACAAUCCUCCCGGCAACGAAAUCGUCUUCCCGGCGGGCAUUAUGCAGUUCCCCGUCUUCGACGUCGAAGUCCCUGCCUAUAUGUCUUACGGUGCCUUUGGCUCCGUCGCUGGCCACGAGCUCAGCCACGCAUUCGACUCCACCGGCCGCCACUAUGACCAGAACGGCAACUACACUGACUGGUGGUCCGACGCCACUGUACAAGCUUUCAAGGACAAAGCUGAAUGCUUCGUUGACCAGUACUCCAACUUCACCGUCCCAGGACCGGAUGACAAGCCUCUCCACGUCAAUGGACGCCUCACCCUUGGCGAGAAUCUUGCGGAUGCCGGCGGACUCUCGGCCUCAUACCAGGCCUGGAAGCGCCGUGCCCACAAGCACCCCAACAAGGAUCUGCCGGGCCUCGAGCACUUCACGCAAGAUCAGCUCUUCUUCGUCACGUACUCCAACUGGUGGUGUGGCAUGUCUCGGAAGGACACAGCCAUCAACCGGAUCUAUACUGAUCCUCAUGCGCCCAAGUGGGCCCGUAUUCUUGGCACAAUGUCCAACAGUCGGGAGUUCAAGGAGAGCUUCCAGUGCAAGGACAAGAAGCCCACUUGCGAGCUGUGGUAAGACGCUUUGGGGGGAUCUUUUGGACAUUAGCCGUCUUCUGAAGAAUGGUUCUGUAACGCUUGUGUGUACAGUGUAAGACCGGUAGUCACAGAAUGGAAACCACUUGUUCUCAUGAAAAUUCCACUGGCGAGUCACUGAAUGAGGUGCGAGUGGGAUUGUGAUCCUUACCCCCUUUCCUGACGUUUAACUAUCUGGAAAAGACCGCCAUUUUUAUCGUAACGCAGGACGAGCGAUUCGCAGUACCUGUGCCUAUACGAUGAUGAAAAUCGAAGCUGCAAGCCAUCAAGGUCAUCUUCGUACAUGUUUGCACAUCCAUCAGCGGUUACUGAGAAUUGAACCAAGGUUCACGAACAUUUGGUAAACCAACCCCUGAUCCACCGGGGUGAGUCUACGAAACCUGUGUCUUUCACCGCUGUCCUGCUGUCAAACCGGCUCUGGACAGUGGGAGUUCCAUCGCUCAAUAUAGUGACCCC